AUGUGCCAUGUGUCCCAGAGCCUGCCGACAGCAGCCCACGGCAAGGUCAUCCUCGGGGGUGCGAGAGGGGUUGUGAGGGCCAAGGGGGGUUCCCCCCCUCCCCCCUUCCGCGGUUCCUCCCCUCCCCCGCUCGCCUGGCCCCUCCUGGAGCCCAUGGAGAAAAAUCUCGUCCCUUCCCUCUCCCCCGCCCGUCCCCACCCCUCCGCCCGCCCCUUCUGCCCUCCUCCCCCAUCCUGCUCCGCCUCAUGCUCCCCCGUCUCCCACCCAGUUUCCACCAAACCCAACGCGCCAGCAUCCCCCCUGCCCCUUCUCCACUCCGCACCUCCCCUCCCCACUGCGCCCCCCCUUCCCCCUACCUGUGGUCGCCCAUCACUGCUGCGUCCAUCUGCGCCCCUCCUCCUAGUGCCGGGCAAACUGAUAUCCGCGGACUCUCGCGGAGGGAGCGGUAGAGGGGCGCUCACAGGGGGGAUGGCGGCGAAGCGCAUCUCUCCCCCCCCACCAGCAAACACCUCCUCCACAGUAGCUGCCACCACCAAACACUUGCCUCUCCAGCGCCACCCAUCAUUACCCCACCCUCACGUCCCUCCCCUCACCUCCCUCCCCUCGCCUACCCCUCCCCUCGCCUAUCCCUCCCUAACCUCCCUCCCCUCCCCUCACCUACCCCUCCCUUCAUCUCCCUCCCCUCACCUCCCUCCCUCCCCUCCCCUCACCUACCCCUCCCUUACCUCCCUCCCCUCACCUCUCUCCCCUCACCUUCCUCCCCUCAACUCCCUCCCCUCACCUCCCUCUCCUCCCCUCACCUACCCCUCCCCUUACCUCGCUCCCCUCACCUCCCUCCCCUCACCUGCCCCACUCACCUCCUCCACGUUAGGCGCCAGCACCACACACUUGGCCCUCCCACUGCGCACCGCCUGCCCCACCUCCUUCAGCCCUGCCAGCACCCGCCGCCUCAUCGCUCCCUGUCCUGUGCGUCGUUGCGGGGGGGAUGGGGAGGGAGAGGGGGAUGCAGGGGAUGCGCCGCCGCAUAGCUCCCUGCUCCCAUGCGUCCUUUACCCUGAGGUCCCCGUCUCCCCAUCCACCCCUCCCCCAUCUCCCCCUCCCCCCACACUCGCGCUACUGCGCACGCUGCCACCUGCGCACGCGCUCGCACUGCCGCCCACGCUCGCGCGCCUGUCUCGCCAGCACCACCAUGCGUUUCAAGCGGCUCGAUCGCUUCUUAUUCGGUGUCUGCCUCUCCUUCCCCCGCCUCACACCAAUUCUCUCCCACGUUGCUGCCUUCACCCAUCCCUCCACAGCGCGUCUCCACGCACCCUCUCUCACGCACGCCCUCUCACACCUUUCCCCCGUUUUUCCACUUUUCCCGCCCGUCCCCACCUGUCUCCACCCGUCCGCCGGCGCCUUCUCCCCUCCUCCGCCUUCCUACUCCCCGUUAUCCCUCCCCUCGCAUCAUUUCCGCCGAACCCAAACCACGCGCGCUAG